AUGUAUAUUCCAAAACAAUUUGAAGUCAACGAUAUAGAGAAACAAUUAGAAGUCAUAAAAGAGUUCCCAUUAGGUGCCUUAAUCUUUGUUGAAAAAACCAUCUUUGGAUCCCCAAACUACACCAUUACUCAUCUUCCAUUCGUUGUUAGAGAAGAUGAGUCCACUGGUAAAAGAUUUUUAAUAGGACACUUGGCUAAAAAGAAUGAACAAGUACCAUUGUUGAAAAGGGCAAAUCAUCAAUGUUUAGUGGCAUUCACAUCAACUGAUAGUUAUGUCUCACCUUCUUGGUAUCCAACAAAGAAGAAAACUCAUAAGUUUGUUCCAACUUGGGAUUUUGCUGCAGUUAAUGUUUAUGGUACUCCAAAAAUAAUUGAAUCAAGGGAUUUAUUAUUGGAAAUAUUAACAGUAUUGAGUGAUCAAGAAGAAAAUAAAAGACCUGAUGGUGAAGAAUUUGAACCAAAAUGGAAAGUUUCAGAUGCUCCAGAAGCUUAUAUUGAUCAAAUGAUGAAGAAUAUUGUUGGUUUGGAGAUUGAAAUUGAAAAAAUUGAGGCAAAGUUUAAAUUCAAUCAAAAUGUUGCUGAAGUUGAUGCUAAAGGAGUUGUGGAAAAUUAUGAAAAGGAAGUUGGUGGUGAAAAGGGGACCUAUAUGUCUACCAAAACCAAGGCUCUCUAUCCAAAGGAAAUUUGAAUGAACAGUUUUCACGAAACUUUACUAAUAUAUACCAUACAUCAACUGAUCUCUUUACUUAUGAAUGAUUCAUGUAGUUGGUUUUGCCUAUGACUCUCCUAGACAUGAUGAGUUCCUUUAGUUUUCAAUGAGGUCUGUGCGAUAGUUAUCGAGCUGGAAAGCAGCUACAAUAAAUUAAUAAAGUAAACAUCAUGUAUAAAAAAAAAGGACUAAACAACAUUUCAAACUAAUGAUACCAAUCUGCAUUUUCAAUUUUUUUUGUCUUUUUAAGGGAGGAGGA